UUGGGCUGCUGGGCUGGUCCAUCGUGGUGCUUGGUUGAAUUUCUCUCACUUGGUGGCCUCUUGAGUGUGCAGAGCUGCCCUUGGGUUGGUGGGCGGAGGCUCUGAGCUCUUGUCGCUGUCUGCUCCUCCUGUCUCUAGAGCCAAGCUUUGAACUCUUUGUCCCCUGCGACAGGGCGCGGGCGCCAGAUACCUGGGCACCAGGGUGUACUUUGUAUCCUGUGGAUCCGUCUAAUGAAAGGGACUGCGGUUGUGUGAAACCUUCAGUAAUUUUUAUCCACCUCUCUAGCAGAUGGACUUUUGCACGUGUUUGUCAUUACCAAACGUUUGAAUCUUGGGGCCUCCCAACCCCGAGCUUGUCUGUCUUCCACCCUCCUUCACCAGUUGUUAAUUUUUUUUCUCUGCAUUUGUUAAGCUUGUUUUUCCUUCCCACAGUGACCAGCCGAGUUCGAACCCCUGUGAACUCAAAACAGAAUUGUUGCAACAGGCUACUGGCAGUCCUAAACAAUUCGUCCUGGUGUACUGGCUUUGAAUCUCCCUGGCUCAUCUUCUGCCACCAGCUAGAGAAAGCUUUCUGCUGAUAAGGGCUCAAGUGAUCGGAUUAGACCCACCUGGAUAAUCUCCCUACUUUAAGAUUUCCCAUUGUGAUUGCAUCAUGGAAAAUCAAUUGGCUACAUCAACUGAAGAACGAACAUUUCAGUACCAGGAUUCUCUUCCAUCACUGCCUGUUCCUUCACUUGAAGAAUCAUUAAAAAAAUACCUUGAAUCAGUAAAGCCCUUUGCAAAUGAAAAAGAAUAUAAGAAAACUGAAGAAAUUGUCAAAAAAUUUCAAAAUGGAAUUGGAAGAGAAUUGCACCAGAAAUUACUUGAAAGGGCAAAAGGAAAAAAAAAUUGGCUGGAGGAGUGGUGGCUGAAUGUUGCCUACCUGGAUGUUCGUGCGCCAUCACAACUGAAUGUCAACUUUGCGGGUCCUGCGCCCCAUUUUGAACACUAUUGGCCUCCACAGGAAGGCACUCAGUUGGAAAGAGGAAGUAUAAGUCUUUGGCAUAACUUGAGCUACUGGCAGCUGUUAAGAAAAGAAAAAUUGCCUGUUCAUAAAGUUGGAAAUAUUCCUCUAGAUAUGAAUCAAUUCCGAAUGCUAUUUUCUACCUGCAAGGUUCCUGGAAUUACUAGAGAUUCAGUUAUGAGUUAUUUUAGGACUGAGAAUGAAGGGCAUUGUCCAAGUCACGUUGUAGUCCUCUGUCGUGGCCGAGUUUUUGUCUUUGAUGUAAUACACGAAGGAUGUUUGAUCACCCCACCAGAGAUCCUCAGGCAAUUGACAUACAUCCACAAGAAGUGCCAUAGUGAACCUGAUGGACCCGGGGUAGCAGCAUUAACUAGCGAGGAGCGAACUCGGUGGGCUAAGGCACGAGAAUAUUUGAUUAGUCUUGAUCCAGAGAACUUGACUAUGUUAGAAAAAAUUCAGAGCAGUUUACUGGUAUAUUCCAUAGAGGAUGGCCGUCCACAUGUAACACCAGAAGAUUAUUCUCAGAUAACUGCAAUGCUUCUUACUGGAGACCCAACAGUACGCUGGGGUGACAAAUCCUAUAACUUGGUUUCUUUUUCUAAUGGAGUAUUUGGCUGUAAUUGUGAUCAUGCUCCUUAUGAUGCAAUGGUUAUAGUAAACAUCAGCCACUAUGUUGAUGAGAAGAUUUUUGAGAAUGAAGGAAGAUGGAAGGGUUCAGAAAAAGUACGGGAUAUACCACUUCCAGAGGAGCUUGUUUUCACUGUGGAUGAGAAAAUAUUAGACUGUAUCAACCAAGCUAAAGCCCAAUAUCUGAAGCAGGCAUCUGAUCUGCAGAUUUUGGUGUAUGCCUUUACGUCUUUUGGCAAAAAGCUAACCAAGAAGAUGAUGCUUCACCCUGAUACAUUUAUUCAGCUUGCACUUCAGCUGGCCUAUUAUAGACUUCAUGGACGCCCUGGUUGCUGCUAUGAAACAGCUAUGACAAGAUAUUUUUAUCAUGGCCGUACAGAGACUGUGCGUUCAUGUACCGUAGAAGCAGUCAGGUGGUGCCAAUCCAUGCAGGAUCCUUCUACCAGUCAUCUUGAGCAGCAGCAAAAGAUGUUACAAGCUUUUGCAAAGCAUGAUAAAAUGAUGAGAGACUGUUCAAUUGGAAAAGGAUUUGACCGUCAUCUUUUAGGGCUUUCACUCAUAGCAAAAGAGGAAGGUCUCCCUGUUCCAGAACUCUUUACGGACCCACUUUUCUCCAAAAGUGGAGGAGGUGGAAACUUUGCCCUCUCAACAAGUCUGGUUGGUUAUUUAAGAGUCCAGGGAGUGGUGGUUCCCAUGGUACACGAUGGCUAUGGAUUUUUCUACCACAUCAGAGAUGACAGGUUUGUUGUGGCCUGUUCAGCUUGGAAAUCAUGUUCAGAGACUGAUGCAGAAAAGCUAAUACAGCAGGUUUUUCAUGCUUUCCAUGAUAUGAUUCAGCUGGUGAACACUGCUCAUCUUUAGAGACUAAUCAUUUAUUAAGCACUUACCAAAAUGUAUUGUUAAACUGGGUGCUGGGAGUGGGUUGUACGGUGAGAUACGAAGAAAUGUUGACUUGAAGGAAACUUGUUAAAUGAAGAAAUUAGUAGAAUCAUGCUCUCUAAAUUUAUUCUGACAUGGAAAGUAGAAAUAUUUUUAAGCUUCCUCUGAUGCAACAGCAAUGAAAAUUAUGAUAUAGUGAAUAUAGAACUAUGCAAUAUUUAAGAUAAGUCUCAACAGUGCAAAUCUACAAAUUUUAACAAUGCAAGUCUUACUCUAACUUUUAAAUAUUUUCUUUGGUACAUGUAUAGUUUAUAAAUCCUCUCUCUGAACAUCAUUGUAGAGUCUUCUAAGCACUUUAACAUUUUCUAGUUGCCAAAGGGUAUGAAAUACAUGAUUGGAUGCUAAUUUCUCUGAAAUCAGUGCCUUCCAUAUUCACCACAGGGAUAUAAGCCUACUACAUUUGAUGGGAAAGACCACUACAAUUUAAUGAUGAUCUAAAAAAAAUAGUUUCUGUUGGACAGACAGAAGCAUUAGAUUGUAGGAGGGAGGUUUAUAUCCUCUGACACAAAAAAACCUAACAAAAUUCAUUAUAGUAUAUUGUUGUAAUUAGUUUUGUGAAUAUAAAAUGAAAGCACUUAUAUUUAAAAUUAGUUGAGUUAGUGACUUUAAAAGGAUUAAAUGCUGAAUCAGAGUCUCAGGAUUUUACAGUUUUUUUCCUCUUCUCUAUUCAGUUUUGUAGUUUCUGUCUCUGAAAAUAAAACUCUCAAUCACAUAGCUGCUUGUUUUGCGUUUGAAUAAGCGAUUCCUUCUGGUUUGACCUUAUACUUUAUGUAUAAGUUAUGUAUUAUUGUGUAAUAAAUCACCCAAAACUUACUGUCUUACAAUUGAUAAUUUCUCCAGAUUGUGUGAGUUGAUUGUGCCCAGCCAGAUGGUUCUUCUACUGGUCUUGCCUGAGUUAUUUUAUGCAGCUGCAAUCACCAGGCUGCUGGACUGAGGCUGCAAAGUCUAAGAUGGCCUCACCCACUGUCUGGGGACUUGGUGGGAGACUCUCUCUCCAUGUGGUCUUUGAGCGUUCAGUAUUCUAGCCUGGACUUCCAUACUUGGCAGUGGGAGUGCUCCAAGAAGGAAAGGUAGAAGUUGCAAGGUCUGUUGUGACCUAUGCUCUGAAGUCACAUGAUGUCACUUCUUUUGCAUUUUAUGGGUUAAAACAAGUUACAAGAACAGUCCAUGUUCAAGGAGAGGGGGGAAAGUCUCAUCUUUUGAUAAGAGGAACAGCAAAGUCAUUUUGUAAAUGUAAGUGAGCAGGUACAAAAGGGCAUGAUAUAUUGGGGCCAUUUUUGU